UCUCCGCGGGGCCGGGCGGAGGCGGAGCCCGGCGGGGCGGUGGGGUCGCGCGCGCGGGGCGACUUCGGUUCAACUUUGUGAUGUCUUCCCCUGAAAUUGCUUCCCUUUCUUGGGGUCAGAUGAAGGUGAAAGGCUGCUCUACAACAUAUAAGGACUGUAAAGUAUGGCCGGGAGGAAGCCGGACGUGGGAUUGGCGAGAAACCGGGACUAAUCAUUCUCCAGGAGUGCAGCCAGCUGACCUUGAAGAAGUCGUCAAGAAGGGUGUUAAAACUGUGGUGAUUGGUCGUGGCAUGAGCGAGGCUUUGCAGGUUCCAGCAUCCACUGUGGACUAUCUGAAGAAGAACGGGGUUGACGUGCUGGUGCUGCAAACGGAGAAGGCUGUGGCGGAGUACAAUGCCCUGGCUGCUCAGGGUGUCAGAGUGGGCGGGGUCUUCCAUUCCACCUGCUGAAUUCCACCAGCUCGUUCCGCCUUCCCGGCCCGCAGCCAAAUCACGGGCACACCUCUGCUGAAUCAAAGCGCACUCAGCAGAGCGUGAACUUACGUGCCGAGGCGUUUGUGCGCUGCCCAUCUAAAAUGCGAAGACAGUUUAUUGGUUCAGGAUUUUAACAAAAUCGAGGGCUCACAAAAGGCGGAGUUGUUAAUGUAAUUAAAUUGUUCAGCUACAGAAUCGUUUCCAUGUAUUGUUGAGAUUGACCUAAUUUUCCUCUGAAGGCUGUCCGUAGUUUUGUUAGUUAACUUUUCACCUGUUGACUAAAUCAGGAGAUUACGUUUUGAAUACUUUUAUUAGAAAAUUGCCCUAAAUUACAUUACUGGCUACUGGAAUGCAGCCAUAAAAUAGCUGAUAAGCACAAUUAAAUGGUAGACACAAAGUGGUGGUAAAGAAGCGCUUUACCAUCACUGGACAAAUAAGUUAAAAAUAAAUUAAAAAGUAAACCCAGAACGUACAACUUUACCUCCUGCAGGUGGCUUCAGUCAGGGUAUUUGCCAAUUUAUGAAUAUCACAUAAUAGAGCACUUUUAAAUUUUUCAUUGAGCCUGAAAAAGGGGGAAAAAUGUCUACAGGAUAUAAGCAUAAAACCUGGCCUUAAAGAAUUUUCUUAUUAAUUGCCAGUUGUGAGGAUUGGGUUGUCUAAUCCGUAUCGAUUCAGAAGUUCCUACAUGCUUAAAAUCAUCAGAAAGGUGUGUUACAAAACUAGAGUUUGCAACAUAAAACAUUGUUCUUUAGGAAAUCAGUCUGAAUUGUUGCUAGCAAGGCACUGCUGGCAAGCUGGGGAUGCAUGUGAGACUUGUUACUGGUCAUCAUUAUCUGAUGAUCUAAAUGUUAUGCCAACAAACAUUAUUUCACUGAAGACUUAAACAGUUCUCUUGACUGCUCUUCUUGGUGGGCUUCUAUCAGUAUUGCCAGUUACAAGUUACCUGCUGUAGAUUUUUUUUGCCACCAGGCUCGCCAUUUCUUGUUCUGUGCGAAUUAAUUUUGUGUGUAGUAAUGAAAGUACCAGGAUGAAGCUGUAAAAGCCCUGAGGCACUUGGAGCUAUCCAAGCAGUAGUGGAGAGGCUCAGAUUGAUAGAAGAGCACAAUAACUUUGCCAAGAUGCACAAAAUACUGUGUUCUUCUUCUGCUAUUUGCUCUAGUAAUCAUUUAAAACCUUUUAUCUGAUAAAAUACAAAGUGGUAUAAAAGCAAAGGGAAAGUGAGUACUUGAAAGUUUUAUCUUGCAGUCUCCUAAUUACAGCAAUGCUUUCUGUUAUUGUAGCUACAUUUGAGGCAGAAUCUUACAUAACCCAGCAGGAAGUGCCUUUCCAGCUGCAUCUGUGUUGUCUGACGCAGCAGCUGGCAUAAUGCUCAUUGUAGCUGCUGUGACAUUUUUCUGCAUAACUUGCCUGGUGUGAAGGAGAAGGUGAACUACUGACCCAGAAGACUGUGGUCACCCCAAGGGAAUGCCACCAGAACGAGUUCCUAGCAGCCCGCAGAGUGUGGAGACUUUUUGCACUAAAUGUUAUCUGAUAGCAAUAACAGAUAACAGAGUGGUUUGACUCUCUCAAUUGUGG